AUGACAGCAGCCUUACCAAUCAUUGGAAAUACAGUAAAAGAGUGCUUGACCAAACUGAAGAGCAACCAAGGCUCAGCAAGUACAUUAACAGCCCCACAACCAGAAGAGAGUGUGAACAACACCACUCCAAAUACAUCCACUUUUAACGCAUUUAUUGACUUGGAACCUAGCACAGGUAUUACCUCACAAACUCAUGAUGUGCAACAAAACAUUUCUCCUGUGGGGAUUUCAAAACCUGUGGGCUUGGGGGUGGACACCAAAAUCAAGGCCAAAAUAGUUGCAAAUGAGUAUGUCAAAAUGGCCUCAUUGCUCCCCAAGUCUAGCAAUGAACAGGAACCAAAAUUUAAAUCGGUCGAAAAAGACGGACAACUGGUUUUUGUCAAGACUAAUGACACUAAUCAAAUCAAAUCCAUCGCCCAAUGGAUGGAGGUUUUUCAUGUCUUCGUUGCUCUCCACUGCACUAAAUACCCAAAUGAAGUUGGCCAGCUUAUGACAUAUGCAAAUUAUUCAGGGCAUAUCCAAGUCAUGUGGAGAUGA